AAAAGCAAACUUUUCCACUGAAAUGCUUUUAUAAGCUUAAAUCCGCUAAAGUACCUACGGCUUAUAAUGGGCUCAAGUAUUCCUCUCAGUCGAAGGUUGGAACUUCGAUAGCCCGCUUUGAGCGUUCAGGGUCGCAAGAUUCUUCAUAUCCACUUGAAAAUGAAUGUUGACAAGCUUAAAUAGUUCAAUAUAAUAUGCAGGAAUCUUUUAGCAAUUUUAUUAAUUGCUUAAAUUUUAAAUAAAAAAAAACAAUAAUUGAAAAAAAAAAAUUCAUUGUGUAAUUAAGUUUAAUUAAACAAAUUUUGUUUUUGAAAAAUUUAAUACAAAUCAAGCGGGCUUACCUCAAGUCAAGGUUAAAGUCGUCAUGACCUAACUGAUAAGAAGCUAUGUAGGUGUCUUCGAAUCCAGAGACGCGAGUAUGCCGAUGAUUAAAUCCCACUGUUAAAACAAUUGUUAAUUACGAUGUUUUUUUCAUUUAAACAAAUGAUACGCAAAAAAUAAUAAAAUGUCAAAUACAAAAUAUGAGGAAAUCGUCGACAUAAUUUGAACUUUAUUUUAUCCGAAUUUGACUCGCGUCAGUAUGUUAAAUCCAAACGAGUCUAAAGGUAGACACUUAUGCAAUGUUGACAUAGAAUCGAUAAAAAAAAAUAUAUAAAUAUAUACUUUUAAGUUUGUCUAAGUAUGUAAACUUGAACCGGUCACCCACUUAUACCGGUUCGUAAAAAUGUAAUCGAUAUUUUUUUUUAGUUCAUUCGAUUGUAAACAACUCUGCAUCGAUCAUCGCGAUUGCAACAUUGGAAAGGCGGAUCGUUAUGUAAUUUUUGUUCUUGUGUAAAGCGUUCGGUGAAAGAUUUGUCCCACUCCUAAGUGCAGUCAGCAGUCUUGCAUCGCGCACGGACGAGGCUGGUCGUUAUCGCGGGCCUUGAUUUAUGAAAAAAAAAAUAUACAAAAAGUAUUACUUGUGACCUUAAUGUGAUUGUGAAAUUAGGAAUUUUACGUUGAGUGCGUCCAAUUGCGCGUUCGUUUACAUAAUAAUAAGUAAUUGAUAUACAAAACGAUAGUCUUGCCAUUUGUGGUCAGUCUUUCGUGUAAGACGCACGCGUGUUAAACGGAGCGGCGGCGUUUCUAUUCAGUGUUUGGACUGUAUCGAGUGAGUUGUAUGUAAUGUGUUGAACAAUAAAAUGUCGACCGGAAUAUGGCCGUUGAUGCAUGUCCGGUGCCGUUGGAUCGAAACGUUAAGACACUGCGGGAAGACUCUGCUUAGACGUCAGAGGCGCUUACUCAGGAGACUCAAAAAGGCGUACCUGCACAGUUGGCGCUCUGCAGACGAGCUGAACAUGUUUGUGGGUGCGAAGGUCGGAGGUGCAACGCCCCUCGUGAUCGCCUGCAGGAACGGGCAUUAUGAUGUCGCUGAAUACCUCAUAGAGAGAUGCAAGGCUGAUAUAGAACAGCCCGGAUCAGUGACGUUCGACGGUGAAACAAUCGAGGGUGCUCCUCCGCUGUGGUGCGCGGCCGCGGCCGGUCACCUGCCUCUGGUGAAACUCUUGGUUCGUGCCGGAGCCAAUGUGAACUCAACAACGCGGACGCACAGCACCCCGCUCCGGGCGGCCUGCUUCGAUGGACACUACGAUAUCGUGAAGUUUCUCGUCGAAAAUGGGGCUGACAUUGAAAUAGCGAACCGUCACGGUCACACUUGCCUCAUGAUCGCCUGCUACAAGGGUCACAUCAGAAUCGCCAAGUACCUGUUGUCGCUCAGCGCUGAUGUCAACAGAAAGAGCGUUAAGGGCAACACCGCCCUGCACGAUUGCGCCGAAAGUGGCUCUCUUCAUAUACUCAAGAUGCUGCUGGGACACGGCGCGACGAUGGACGUCGAUUCAUACGGUAUGACUCCGCUGCUGGCAGCAUCAGUGACUGGCCACACGCACAUUGUUGAGCAUUUAAUUAACGUGGAAUACGGUCUGGUGACGAGGCAACAACGCAUCGACGCACUGGAACUGUUAGGCGCGACUUAUGUCGACAAGAGGAGGGAUAUGGUCGGCGCUUUGACGCUCUGGAAACGGGCCAUGGACGAUAGAUUUCCAGCGGACGGUGUCGAUUCCGAACCGAUCCCAAAGCCGAAGGACGUGCCGCGUAUAGAGGCGUACGACUUUGCGGUCGAGCCGAGCAACGCUCAGCAGCUCGAAGAAUUGCUGGCGGACCCGGACGCGAUGAGGAUGCAGGCUCUCGUCAUCAGAGAACGAAUUCUCGGGCCCGCGCAUCCGGACACGUCGUACUACGUGCGGUACCGCGGCGCGGUGUACGCGGACGCGGGCCGCUUCGCGCGCUGCCGCCAGCUGUGGCACCACGCGCUCGACAUGCAGCGGGCCGUGCUGCCGCCGCUGUCGCCGCUCACGCAGUCCAGCCUCUACAGCUUCGCGGAGCUCUUCUCCUACAUGCUGGCUGAACGAGCCCGGCCUCCGCUCAGAGGUCGCAUCAUCCCUCCGGUAACAUUCGAGGACAUAGACCCGGUCUUCAGGAAGGCGCUGUCCGAAAUAAACAGGGGAAUGGAAUUGUUGGACUCGAAACUCAGCAUCGAUAGGGAACAGACGCUGACCACUCUUCAAAGGGUGCUGGUUAUAUGUUUGCACUUGGCCGCUCUGAUGGCGAGACUGCUGGAAGAACCAGAAUGCACCGAAGAUGUGUCUAGGAAGAUACACAAAGCUGUUUAUUCACUCGUUAAAUUGGACAUUAAGGUCCGUCAGGGCAGGUCGGCGCUGCACGUGGCGUGCUCGGCGGAGUCGUGUCGCGGCGGGGCGGCGCGCGGCGGGGCGGGCGGCGCGGGGGCUGCGGGCGGCGCGGCGGCGGGGGAGAGCGCGGCGUGCUGCGGCGCGUUGGUCGCGCUCAUGCUGCGACUCGGCGCCGCGCCGGACGCCAGGGACGCUGACGGGAACACGCCUCUGCAUCUCGUCUGCAAGCUGAACCCUUGUCCUGCCGACGUGGUCCGCGAGCUCCUAAACCACGGCGCCCACAUCGACACGGUCAACUACGAAGGCGAAACUCCCGAAGAGAUCCUCAAAUCCACGCAGCAGACCCUCACCAGCAUCGUCAAUCCGCUCCGGUACACCACCCUCAAGUGUCUGGCCGCUAGAACCGUCAAGAACUACAGACUACCCUACAGGCAUGUCGUGCCCCAAUGCUUACAUUCGACGGUCAUAACGCAUUGAAUUCAAGCGAUAAUAGUCUUUAUUUCCCAGCAAAUGGGUAUGUGAUUCGUAUGAAGCAGUCUUUGAUACGCCAAAUGUGCAAUAGAUGUUUGAGUAACAGCACAAGUUAUAUACAGAAGGCCUGUCGCUGUUCCAAUUAGUAAUCUACGGUACCACAACGCUAGGGCUGCCAUCUACCGUAUUCUUUUUAAAUUGUGAUUAUUUGAAUUAAAAUCCUCACAAAAGGAAUAAUUUAUUUAGGAAAUAUUCGUCAGUUAUAAUGUAAACUGAAUAUAUUUUUUAGAAAAAAAAAAUCGUCAACAUGAUAUCAGCCUUCUGUGUUGUUCGGUGACGUCAAGCUAUCUACGAAUAUAACGUAUUAAAUUCAAGCGAUAAUAGUCUUUAUUUCCCAGUCAAUAGAUACGAGAUUCGUAUGAUGCUGAUAAAAUAACACAAAUGUCCAACAUCAAUGGGGACUGCUGAGUCCGCCGAAAAAGCAUAUACUUAAAUGUCACGAACGCCUUAUCGCAUUCACUUCAAGCGACAAUAGUCUUUAUGUCGCAGAUAUAUAAUACAAACUACUAUCCAACCAUAAGCCCUUAUAAACUUUCGACGGUGUUAUCGCCUUCGAGCGAUAAUAAUCUUUAUAUUCAUUGAUUCUGGUGCGAUAAACCGAAUCUGCAAUAGAUAUGAUAACUAACCGCUAUCCGUACAUCCCUAUAAGCCUAAAACUUUCGACGGUUAUGACACAAAUAGUUGAAGCGAAUAUAGUCUUUAUGUAACAGUCUUAGGGUGUGUGAUUCGCAUGAUGCAGUGCUUAGUACACCGAAUGUGCAAAUGAUAAGUGAUUGAAAGGACGGUAUUGAUGUGCCUUUGGAAAACAUACAGCAUUGUAUUAUGAAGAAGCAGUGUGUACUUAGCUUAGAUUCCUUGUCUAUGUCCAACCAUAGACAGUCAAUUUAGUUCCAUCUUUAGCCGCUAGGUGCUGCCAGCAAGUAUAAAGGGAGCGCAGCCAUCUUUGAUCUUCAUAGCGUUGUGUACUUUCGUACUGUGAAGUCGCAAGUCCACAAAUAUUUAUUCGACUUCUUAUUAAUUGCAAAAAAUAUUUAUUUUGUGUUUCUAUGAGUGUUAUUUUGCAAUCAUUACGAGUAUUAUUUACCAAUCCUAUCAUCGGACGCCAUGAAUCACGCGUCAUCUGUUGGAGGUGAUGUUGAGUCAAGCUCCAUAAUUUCCGAGAGGGAAGAUGUCCAGGCGAGACGCGAUGGAGACGCCUCGCGUUCGAACAGCUCGUCAAGCGAAAAAGAACAAAAGGAGUCUCUGCGUAAGAAACGACGGGAUUCAAAGGUAACGGUCGAUCUUCGAAUCGGCUCGUUAUCCCACCAGGUCAGUGACGUUGUAAAUCUAAUAAUGCAUCAACUGUGUGUAACAAUUGAAUGUAACGAAAAUUGUUGUAAACAAAUUGAUCUCGUCAAUACGGAAAUUUUGACAAAAACACAACAGAUUUAAACUAAUAAUCUUUGUAACAUAAUUACUGAAAACUUUGACAAAUCGUCUCCGUCGUACAAGUUACCCGUAAAAAGCGUUUUAAAUUGUAUACGGAAAAAAGGGCCGUAUGUAUAGAAAUAAGACGUCAAAGUUUAAUUUCCGUGGUCUCUAACAAAGUAUCCUGUUGCCAACGCACCACUCAUUGAGGAAUUUUUGUUUGAUAAUAGUAAAUUGAAAUCUAUUCAGUCCCUCGGAGGGCUACAAUCCUAUUUGUCACGAUCUCGUACAAAAGGUAAGCCAAACAUUAUAAACAAUCAUAGUCUGUAACAUCUGGCACAAUCCAGAGGGGGGCAAUUGAAGACACCGACGGGAGGCACAGAGUGCCACCAAAAUUGUAAUAAUUUGUAAACCAUGUAUGGUUACCAAAUACCGUAAAAAAAAAAAAAAAAAAACAAAAAAAAAAAAACCUUUUUCUGCGGAAGAAAAGCGACGGAUCAAUGCGUCCAAUUUUGGAUCUUCGAGAGUUGAACAAGGUCGUAAAGAUAAAACACCUAACUGUUUUCGGACACCUAGGUACCAAACUUUAUCCACCCAGGGGACUGGAUGAUAGAAUUGAACAUUUCUCAGGAAUAUUUUUCUAGUAUCAGUCGCAAAAUUUCGUCGAUACUUCUUGAGGAUCAGUACCAAGGUACCAGUAUCAGUACCUCCAGGAAGGAAUCGGUACCUUCUUAUGAGUUAGUAUGAAAUGACAUGCCUACCCUUCGGUCUGGCUUCAGAGCCACACCUUUUUGCUUCUAUAACAUGCGGGUCGCAGAGACCUUGCGUGCAAAGGGAACUCGAGUGCUAGUGUCUACUAGACGACUUCCUUUUUGGUCGACCAAGACAAAUCCAAGUUGAAACUUCAGGCUGCAGAAGCUGUGAAGCUUUUGGAUUAACCUUUUUUGCUUCCAUAACAUGCUGGGUCGCAGAGACCUUGCGUGCAAAAGGAACUCGAGUGCUAGUCUACCUAGACGACUUCCUUUUGGUCGACCAAAACAAAUCCAAGUUGAAACUUCAGGCUGCAGAAGCUGUGAAGGUUUUGGAUUAUCUGGGCUGGCAUGUCAAUUUCCAUUAUAUAGGGUGCUCGGUCGCUCGGUCGCUCGGUCGCGGAGAUAUUGCGUGCAAAGUCGAGUGCUAGCUUACCUACACGACUUAAUCUUGUUUCACCAAGACAAAUAAACGUUUUUGUUCCCAUAGCAUGCUCGGUCGCGGAGACCUUGCGUACAUAGGGAAGUCAAAUGUUAACGUACCUACGCGACUUUCUCUUGGUCCUUGAAGACAAAUACACCAUUUUGCUUCCACAGCAUGCUCGGUCGCGGAGGCAUUGCGUGCAAAAUCGAAGUGCUAGCUUACUUACACGACAUGAUCUUGUUUCACCAAGACAAAUGUAAACGUUUUUGCUCCCAUAGCAUGCUCGGUCGCGAAAACCUUACGUACAUAGGGAAGUCAAAUGUUAAUCUACCUACGCGACUUUUUCUUGGUCCAUGAAGACAAAUACACCUUUUUUGCUUGCAUAGCAUGCUCGGUCGCGGAAACAUUGCGUGCAAAGGGAUGUUGAGUGUUAUCCCACCUACGCAAAUCCCACCAGGUCCAUCAAAAGAAGUCCAAGUUGAGUCUUCAGGCCACAUAAGCUGUAAAGCUCUUGGAUUAUUUGGGCUGCCAAGUCAGCCUUACAAAAAAUCAAUUAGUACACUGGUUCAAGAGAUGACAUGCCUAGGGAUUCGAUGGAAAAUUGCGAGAAAUGAAGUGGCCACUCAACAACAUCCUAGCUCAAACUCUGACGGAAUUACAUCAAUCUAUGCUAACUUGCAAAUUUUCUUGCGAAGUUUCAAGAAAAGGGGUAAAAAAAAGGCCAUCCUGCAUGUGUUAACAAUUAAAUGCAGUGCUGACGCGGAGCCACAUGUUAGACAUUGCCGAUACACAAAACCAACCAUUUCCUGGCAACGGAAGCUUCGGACAUGUGUAGGGGUUACAAAUGCAGUGCUGACGCGGAGCCACAUGUCAAACAUUGCCGAGACCCAAAACCAACCAUUUCCUGGCAACGGAAGCUUCGGACAUGGGUAGGGGUUACAAUUAGACAAAAUAUUAACGUCCUGUCUAUGGUCAGCUCAACAACAGAAACGGCUCACCCACAAAAGAGCUAUUUGCAAUGGUAGUGACAAUCAAAAUGAAUCUGAAAGUAUUUCACUAACGUUGACCUUUCGAUUUUUAAACCUAAGCGAUAAGUUCAAGAUAACUGUCAGCUUAUCUCUCGGGGAGAUACAACAUCAUAGCCGACAGGCUAUCACGAGGAAAUCAACCUGCGAAAUGGCACUUUUUACCACAAGUGACCACAAAAGUUUUUCGAAAGUGGGGUCAUCCGGAUAUAAACCCAUUCGCCGACCAAGAUUGGAUACCUUCAGCAGACCGUAGAGGAUGCAACUAGCAUGGAGAAUUCCUCCUCUCAACCUUCUCCCCAAAGUACUGACUCACUUCAACAGUGUCUAGGGAACCUACCUGGUAGUGUUCCCAGACUGAGCGAAAGCAUUUGGGUUUCCAAGCCCUCAGAUCCCGAACGCUAGAUAACUCGCACGAAAUCCAAAACCUGCCUCCUCCACAGGUUAAACAUUAACCCUGAAAGCUUAGAAAGGGGGGGGGGGAGGUUGUACAAAUAAUAGACUGGUCUAAACAGGAGAAGAUUUAUUGAAAAUUAGCUGGUGUCAAUCCACUUUGUCAGCAUACUUACCAGCAACUAGAAGAUGGUGCAUAUGGUGCUACAGUUUUAAAAUUGAUCCUAAGUCUGCAGAUGUUGCCAAAUUCUUUCUUCUUUUCCAAAAAGAAAAUUUUGCCUAUAAAACAAUCCUUCUGCAUCAUAAAGCAGCGCUGUCGACUUUCUGUGGGCGAAAUACAUGUAGGACAGCAAACAUUCUCAAGCUCUCUAAUAAAAAUUGCUAUUUUAAAAAAGCCAUCGGAAUAGCUAAACAAAAUUCAACUACUUAUUACAAUUUUACUAAGUGUAGUCCCAUUCACAUGAGAUCCGAGAAUAGUUCUAAACUGGUUUUCUUCAAACCCAGCCACCACAUCACGCCUCAAUGUAGCUUGAAGGACACCAACAACCAUGUUGCUGGCUACGGGACGCAGAGUUAAUGACCUUACUUUGCUCAACAUUUCUAAAGACAGUUUCUUUGAUAACAGAGAAAAACAUCUUUCUGAUACCAGUCUUUGGGUCUAAAAUUGAAAUCCAUUUUCGUCAAUAAUCUGCAUAAGUGCUUUCUAAACAUGAAACUAAAGACAUGCCCGGUAAGAUUCGUAAGGACUUUUUUCUAACUAUGUGUGUUGUCACAAAAGCGGCAUCCCGUACUGUAAUUGGAAACUGGUCUUCGUUCAACCUUACGAGGUAAUGGCAUCAACGCAUCUCUAAGAAGUUGUAGAUCAGCAGUAGCCUCUGAGAUGGAUUGAUAAUGAACCAAUGGACGAAAUACUUUCUAGAGGCAAUUGCAAAUCAUCCAAACGUUUACAAUAAUUAUUGCCGAAUAAUAGAGCUUCGUAAAGAUCCUCACGAUUCUUUUUUUCAACACAUUUACUUCUACAUGAUGUAUAUACAUCAUUUAUACAAUUUAUACAUUUUCUUGUAUAUACAAGAUAAAAUGUUUAUUACAAACUUAUAAAUAUUUUUUAAUUAUUGAAUUAACAUGGAAGUUAACAACUGUUUUUUCGAUUUAAUAAUUAUAUAAAUUAUGAACAUUAUCAUUGCGCUUCAUAAUUUUAUUAUGGCUUUACCUAUUUCAUCAUAGCGUUGUGCUUAAUAAUUUCACCAGCAGAUAACAAACACGUCUUCAUAAUACAAUGCUGUAUGUUUUCCAAAGGCACAUCAAUAUUACGGUUUUACAUAACAAUAAAACCGAUAUUAUGUGCCGAGAAGGAAAACAUACAGCAUUGCAGGAAGUUCUUCCUGGUGAAGACUAUGAAGAUCAAAGAUGGCUGCGCUCCCUUUAUACUUGCUGGCAGCACCUAGCGGCUAAAGAUGGAACUAAAUUGACUGUCUAUGGUUGGACAUAGACAAGGAAUCUAAGCUAAGUACACACUGCUUCUUCAUAAUACAAUGCUGUAUGUUUUCCUUCUCGGCACAUAAUAUCGGUUUUAUUGUUAUGUAAAACCGUAAUAUUAAAGCCAUUACAAUUGGUUGAGUUUUUCAUUUUGUUUGAAUAAUAUAAUCGGCCGUUUUGCAUUUUUUUCUGUUUAGGUACAGGACUAGCUGUCUUUAGAUUGUAUCGGAUUUCGCUGUUAAUAAAAUGUGGGGUAGUCAUUAACAUGUCAGUUUUGUAGAUGAGCUCGCCAUUAUUUUUAUAAUAAAAUAUGCCCAUAUGUUAUGUGAAAAUCAUUGCUUGAUAUAGAUAUACAAAUGUUUGUCGAUUAGUUUCCUGGCAUUUUGCGUACAUACAUACGGAGUCAUCAGUGUAUUUUUUAGGUUAAUUUUGAGGCUAAUUUGCUUUUUUUUUCACCACCGGGGUUGUUUAAUAGUAGAAUGUUAAAAUUAUCUUUUUUAAACAAUUAUAUUAUCAUGUUCACGUUUUAUUUUGAUUGUAUUAUCGUAUGUACAGUAAAUGAUAUAUUUAUGUAUAGUUUAAUUUGCACUUGUAGUAUUAAUAAUUAUAUGAAUAUACUAUACAUAUAUUUUUCCAUUUCUAUAAAAAAUGUCGAUAAUAGCACUUAAAGUUGCUUUUGAAAUUAUUUUUCGAAUUAUUCUUAUAUUUUAAAAUAUCCUAUGUAUAAUGUGGAUUUUUGAAAACGAUAUAGUAUCGAUAAAAUCGAUUUUCUUCUAUAUAAUAACCGAUUACUAUAAAUAAAACGUCGUUCAAAUAAAUCAUUAUAAUAUGAUUACUCUAAUUAUGACUUAAGUACUCAUGUACACACGACUAAACUGUUUUUUGUAACUACAUUGUCACAAUUUAAAUUUAGACUCAAGGAAGCUCAAUUAGGAACAUGAGCUCAGCUACAUCGUAUUUUGUGAUAUAUAAAAAAAUUAAAUGUAAAUAAUGUUGCUUGCUAAUUAUACCAUACUGCCAAUUUUCAAAUCAGCUGUCAGGGGUACAGAGCUAACGUCCUGUUCUGUCAAUGUCAUAUGUCAGUGCAACUGUCAAAAAUGUAUCCAAACUGUCUAGAAUAGAAAUACGCAAACGUCGAACACGCAGACAGCCAUUUUAACUAGUAAUAAUUUUGGAUUAAUUUAGUCGUAUGACGUUUUUGUGUCCGCAAUCGCUGUCGUAGAUUUAGUGCAGAGAACGAAUCAAUGCUUUUUGCGUUGGUGUGAGUGAUUGUCAAUGCGCCUAUCUGUUAACUGCGUGAGGAAUUGCUUUGUUAUCAGAUUAGAGAUGAACUGGUGUGUCUGCAACUAUAGUUUAGGUGAUUUACACCAGUGUGCUUAGUGCGAGUUUUUUAACGUUUUCGAUAGCGUAAAAGUUACUUAAAUUUGGAAUAACGCCCCUAGCGGCAAACAUAGGCAAAGGUUGCAACUCCAUACGUAUUUGAGUUAACUUUUACGCUAUCGAGAACGUUAGAAAACUUGCACUAAGCACUCAAUAAUUUAUUCUGAACGACAACAAAUUAGGAUUUGAUUAUCUUGGUUAUCUUGAUGUUUGUGAUUUCGAUGGCGAACAGUCAGUGUGCACUCACCCUAAAGCGAAACGCAAGAUUCGUACUAGAAGAAGUGAUACUCGCUUUUAUUGUCGUAUUCCUAUUUAGGUUUUAACCAAUAACCCGACUAAAGCAAACGCGUUCCGUCAGUCCCCUCUAGUCUUAGAAACAGGUGUGGAUGCUUGUUAACUUUUUAGGUUUUUUUUUAUAAACACGAUUUUGUGAUGUAUUUUUUUUUAUUAGCUUCGAUUAAAACGCUUAGGUACUGAAAUAUUGGGUUAAACAUAUUUUUGUUAUGUUUCAUCUUUUUGCCGGUAGAUUGCUUCUGACAUGUGUCGGUUUCGAUGUUAAAUAAUGAUGACGUCAUUAGUUUGCAAGCCCUAAGCCAAGCUGGCAAUAUUCUGUCAUAUUCCCCACUUUUCAUUAUAAUUACAAAAAAAAAAGAUUAUUCGUAACUUAGCCAUGAAACAUAUCGCACUUACGGUACUAUAACUUCGCUUAUGCAAAUUAUGUAAUUUUUCAGGAGAAGCGUUGGAAAAUUUAACAUCUUAAUACAACUAUAUAGUUCUUCUCGACUAAAGAAAUAAAAUGAUAAUAUUUAAACUACAACUUUACACACGUUAUUAUUAAAAGCAAACAUCCCACAAAUUAGUAUUAAAAAAAUGGAUUUUCUCAAACUCAGUUCAGUUUUAACAAGAAUCUCAUAAGUGAUAUUAUAGCACCGUAUGUGCGAUAUAUGAAUCAGGAUUCGGCUUUUUUCCUCAAGUCGAAAAAUGCCGCUUAAUACCCGAACUCAAAUGGAUAUUCAAUGUCCAACAAAACAUUUUCCUCCAGCACCGCCCAAAUCUUAACUACAGCGUUUAUUAUAUUGUGAUUGAAGUCAAACAAUUAAUCUAUGUUAUUUUUUAAAAAUGUAAUUAAUAAACUAAUCUGAGAUCUUUUUGAAAAUUUAUAUUCUUUGUCUGACUUAAAGGUCUAAGUUACCAGGUCAUAAAAUCCCUUUAAAAAAUUUAUAUUCUCGUAUCCACUACGUAUUUAAUUGGGGUCGUGCUUUUCGUAUCCAUUACGAUAAAACCCAACCGUUGCCAACGUGUACUUGCUGCGUAAUAAUAUAAAAACGCCCAAUACGUAGUCUCCUUACUAAUAAACCGAACCUUUUAUACCAAGACAUUGUAAUGUAGCUUGUAACGUUGUUUGUUUGAAGUUGGCCAAGUAUUUACUGCGUAUGACAAACAAAUUAGAUACUUAAACGUUUAGAAUUAUUAAAUAAUGAUACUUAGAUACUAUUAUUGUGUUUUAGUCGAUUUGGGGUUUUAUUAAUAAAUAGAAAGAAAUAUAUUGAACUGAUUAAUGAUUUUAUAAUUAUCAUUUCUUAUGUGGGCUAAUGUUUUGCCAUCUGUUAUAGUUUUAUUGUGUGUAUUUUCUCAUAGAAUAAUUUUUAGUAUUAAUUUGCGUGUUUACAUGCUAUUUUUUUUGAAAUCAAUAAAAACGCUUUGAAAGUA